AGUGGGAGGAAUAGUGCCCCAUCAUUGGUGUCAGUCGGUGGGAGGAAUAGUGCCCCAUCGUUGGUGUCGGUGGGAGGGAAUAGUGCCCCAUCGUUGGUGUCGGUGGGAGGAAUAGUGCCCCAUCGUUGGUGUCAGUGGGAGGAAUAGUGCCCCAUCGUUGGUGUCAUGGGAGGGAAUAGUGCCCCAUCGUUGGUGUCAGUGGGAGGAAUAGUGCCCCAUCGUUGGUGUCAGUGGGAGGAAUAGUGCCCCAUCGUUGGUGUCAGUGGGAGGAAUAGUGCCCCAUCGU